UCUAUGGAAAAUACAAAAAAAAAUGUUUUUUUUUUUUUGCUUUGACAAGUGAGUGACAACGCUCUACAUUCUCUAUUGUUCUUUUUCAUGGCUGACGUUCGAAGGAGCAAAUUGCAGUCAUGAAGCUGAACGUCUCAUACCCGGCAACGGGAUGUCAGAAGUUAGUCGAAGUAGUGGACGAGCAUAAGCUCCGUAUCUUCUAUGAGAAGCGUAUGGGCGCAGAAGUGGAAGCAGACCAAUUAGGAGAUGAAUGGAAGGGUUAUAUCCUACGUGUAGCCGGUGGUAACGACAAGCAGGGCUUCCCCAUGAAACAGGGUGUCCUCACCAACAGUCGUGUUCGUUUGUUGAUGUCAAAGGGCCACUCUUGCUACAGACCACGCCGUGAUGGUGAAAGAAAAAGAAAAUCAGUCCGUGGAUGCAUUGUAGAUGCUAACUUAUCUGUGCUGGCCCUCGUUAUUGUCCGCAAAGGAGCCCAGGAAAUUCCCGGCCUUACCGACGGCAACGUGCCCCGUCGUCUAGGACCCAAGAGAGCGUCCAAGAUCCGCAAGUUGUUCAACCUAAGCAAACAAGACGACGUCCGCCGCUACGUUGUCAAGCGUCUGCUGCCCCCUAAGGAAGGAAAGGAGAAUGCUAAACCCAGAUAUAAGGCCCCCAAAAUCCAGAGGUUAGUAACUCCCGUGGUGCUGCAACGCAGGCGCCACCGCCUGGCGCUGAAGAAGAAGCGCCUCGCCAAGCGCAAGUCCUCCGAGGCGGAAUACGCCAAACUGCUCGCGCAGAGGAAGAAGGAAUCCAAGGUACGUCGCCAAGAAGAACUCAAGCGCAGGCGUUCAGCUUCUAUCCGGGAUUCCAAGAGCUCUAGCACGAGUGCGCCGCAAAAGUGAUACUUUUACCAAUAAAAAUUUAUAAAACUACCUAA